CAGCCAGAUGGACAGAUGCCCAGUGAUAAGACAAUAGGAGGAGGAGAUGAUUCCUUCAAUACUUUCUUUAGUGAGACGGCUUCUGGAAAACAUGUUCCACGUGCCAUCUUUGUUGAUUUGGAACCAACUGUGAUUGAUGAAGUACGGACAGGCACCUACCGCCAGCUCUUUCACCCAGAACAACUCAUCACUGGAAAAGAGGACGCUGCCAAUAACUAUGCCAGAGGACACUACACCAUCGGCAAGGAGAUCAUUGAUUCAGUUUUGGAUCGUAUUCGCAAACUGACUGAUCAGUGCACUGGCCUCCAAGGUUUCCUGGUGUUCCACAGCUUCGGUGGAGGUACUGGCUCUGGCUUCACCUCCCUGUUGAUGGAGCGUCUCUCUGUCGACUACGGCAAGAAGUCCAAGCUUGAGUUUGCCAUAUAUCCCGCUCCUCAAGUGUCCACAGCGGUGGUAGAGCCCUACAAUUCCAUCCUGACCACCCACACCACCCUGGAGCACUCCGAUUGUGCCUUCAUGGUGGACAACGAAGCCAUCUAUGAUAUCUGUCGUAAAAACCUGGACAUCGAGCGUCCGACUUACACCAACCUCAACAGGCUCAUUGGGCAGAUCGUGUCCUCCAUCACGGCCUCGCUGAGAUUUGAUGGAGCUCUGAAUGUGGAUCUCACCGAGUUCCAAACCAACCUGGUGCCCUACCCACGUAUUCAUUUCCCUCUGGCUACAUACGCUCCAGUGAUCUCUGCUGAAAAGGCAUAUCAUGAGCAGCUAUCUGUGGCUGACAUAACCAACGCCUGCUUUGAGCCGACUAAUCAGAUGGUGAAAUGUGAUCCUCGACAUGGUAAAUACAUGGCCUGCUGUCUUCUGUAUCGUGGAGAUGUGGUGCCCAAAGACGUCAAUUCUGCCAUCGCUGCUAUUAAGACCAAACGCACCAUCCAGUUUGUAGACUGGUGCCCUACUGGAUUCAAAGUAGGUAUCAACUAUCAGCCUCCAACGGUGGUUCCUGGUGGAGAUCUGGCCAAAGUACAGAGAGCCGUUUGCAUGCUGAGCAACACUACAGCCAUUGCUGAGGCCUGGGCUCGUCUAGACCACAAGUUUGACCUGAUGUACGCCAAGAGAGCCUUUGUGCACUGGUAUGUGGGAGAGGGAAUGGAGGAAGGAGAGUUCUCAGAGGCCAGAGAAGACAUGGCAGCUCUGGAGAAGGAUUAUGAAGAAGUCGGCACUGACAGCAUCGGAGAUGAUGAGGAUGGAGUGGAAUUCUAAAUGCCGUUUUUUUGUAAUCUCAGGGUAAUCAGAUAUGUUUAUCUGCUAAAAUGCAGCAUUUUACUGUGGGUUUUUUUUUUUUUUUUUUUGAAGGGCUGUACAUUCUUUGGGAUCACUUUAUAAUGAGAUUCUAUAAGUUAACAUUAGUUAAUGCAACAGCUAACAUAAAAUAGCAAUGAACAAUACUUUUACAGCAUUUAUUAAUUCUACAUAUACUAAUAUAUUUUUACAUUUUGAAGUUAUAUAAAUUAACAUGUUAAUGAAUUAUGAACAAACAUAUGAACAAUUAAGUAACAAUUUUAAAUUAACAUUACCCUAGAUUAAUAAAUGCUGUAAAAAAAAAAAAAAAAAAAAAUUGUUGUUUAUUGUUAGUUCAUGAUACCUAAUGCUAACGCAUUAACUAAAUGUUCCCAAUUAUUUUUCUACAUUUUAUUUCUAAUGCAGAAGUUAAAUAUAUUAAAAAGUAAAGAUUAACUGGAAAAAUGCUAUAGAAUUAAGCAGUCAAAAGUCUAGAAACAAGUUCUUUCUAAAAAAUUUUUUUUUUUAAAAACCUGCACUCCUUUCAUGAUAUGUUGUUGGACAUGUUAUCUGUUUAUAAUCUGUGUAUAUUUGCACAUGCAAAAGUGAUAAAGACCUACAGGCAAAACAGAAAAUUUUCCACCAUGACACCCCUCCCCCCACGAUGUCUAUGCAGCACAAAAAUGACC